AUGACAGUCAUGUCUACAAACCUAGGUGUGUCUAAAUCUUUGAUUCACAAGUGGGUGAAGGAGAAAAAGCUUAAACCACACACAAAUGCAAUAAAACCCUUUCUUACCCCACAGAAUAGGCUGUCAAGACUGAAGUGGAGCUUAAAUAAGCUUAGUUCAAUAACUGAAGAUGGUUUUAUAAAGUUUCAAAGUAUGUACAACACCAUUCACAUCGAUGAGAAAUGGUUUUACCGUACCAAAACCAAUGAUAGGUAUUACAUCCUGCCGAAUGAAGAGGAACCAUAUCGUACAUGCAAAUCAAAGAGGUACAUUGAAAAGAUUAUGUUUAUGUGUGCCGUUGCCCGACCAAUAUUUGGCCUAGAUGGCAGAUGCAUCUUUGAUGGAAAGUUUGGCAUAUUUCCUUUCACAACCAUGGAAGCAACACAACGGAAUUCAAAAAACAGAAUGAAAGGUACCAUGGAAGUGAAGCCAAUCACAGCAGCUACUAAGGAAGUGAUGAAAUGUUGCCUUUUAAAAGAGCCUGCUAAUUCGCCGGAUACAAAUGUCAAUGACCUAGGGUUUUUCAGAGCAAUACAGACAUUGAAAGAUCAAAAACCAGCAGGGAAUGUGGAGGAGUUACUCAAGAAUGUUAAAGAUGCAUAUGAUGAAUACCCACCAGAGAAGUUAAAUCAUGUGUUCAUUACUUUGCAAAGUUGUUACCAUGAAAUCAUCAAGGCAAGGGGUGGGAAUGACUACAAAAUUCCACACAUGAACAAAGAAAGACUCUCAAGACUGGGGUUGUUACCAGAUUGCAUUCAAGUUGAAGAAACACUUGUAAGGGAAACACUACAGUUCCUGGAGUUGGAUGCAAGUGCAGAGGGAGAAAUUUACAACCUUGGAGCAGUCAUAGAAGGGCUGGAGCAGGUGGACAUUACUGAAUAG